GAGUUCAAGGCUAUAUGCAGCUCCUCUAACGCUGCACUAUUAUCUUACGAUCUUUAGACUGGCAAACAAUAAACCUCUUGCUACUUUUUACAGUAUCGUUCUGGGAGCAGCCUCUUUGUCUCUUGUGAUCGCCUACCCUCUGAUGAAAAGAAUAACCUAUUGGCCACAGUUAGUUUUGGGACUUACAUUUAAUUGGGGAACCCUUCUCGGCUGGUCUGCCAUCAGAGGCUCCUGACAAGAGGGACAGCAUGGUUAUCGGUGUGAAGUCGACAGCGUUACAGUUCGAGGAGGAUCCAAAGCAGUGGCUCGGUGGCUUCAGCCUUGCAAUGCUCCUGAGUUUCUGCGUGGCAGGAGGGAAUUGUGACCAGACGCUCCCAUACCUACUUGGCUGUGGCUGCCGUAGGGGCUCACCUAGCACACCAGAAGAGCAACCAGAAAUGGCUGUCACAACCGUCGUGACAGUCCAGCCGCAGGGCGGCGUGGCCAGUGCCUCCAGGAACAUGUGGCAAACGGGGCUGAUGGACUGCUGCAGCGACUGCGGUGUCUGCUGCUGUGGGGUGUUCUGCUUCCCCUGCCUUGCCUGCCAAGUGGCUGGGGACAUGAAUGAGUGCUGCCUGUGUGGGACCAGCGUGGCCAUGAGGACGCUCUACCGCACCAGAUACAACAUCCCGGGAUCCAUCUGCUCUGACUUCUGUACCACCACGUGGUGCCUCAUGUGUUCCGUUUGCCAGCUGAAGAGAGACAUCAAGCGGAGGAAGGAGCUGGGCAUAUUCUGAUGCUGCGGCCUCACUGCGCCUUGCAGAGCUGCCGUGGACAGGAGCCGCUGCUGCCCUGGCUGGUGGGAAACGCACCGUGAGGGGGUUCGCCUUGGUAAUGGUUGGUUCCCCCUUCCCUGAGUAAUACCAUGAAUAAACAGCAGAAUUUUGCUUCCUGCGUGUGUGUGUGU